GAUGUCACAUCCUUCUUCUCCGAGUCCGUCAUCGCACAUGGCAGAUUCAGUUUCGCAAACCUCCGGUGCACCUCGAGGAAGAGGCCGCGGCAAAUCCAGAGGCGGGCUCGGCAAAUACCUGCGAGCGCGGGGCCGUGGGCGUGGCGGAGGCGGCCGUGCGGCCGAAUUCGCGCCCCGGCUGCUCCUCGAAGGUGAAGUGGGCCCCAGUGCACGGUACGCAACGGCGGACUGUGAAGAGGAUGAGGAUGCGCGGAGGGAGAGAGAGGAGCGGGAGGCGGAGCUGAGGAGGAAGUACGGGCGGAGAGGACUCGGGACGAAUGCGGAUCGGUAUAAGGAGGAGGAACCCGAGCUGGACUCGGACGGCGAGCCGAUCGUCGAGCCUGAAGUCGAUCUGUCAUCGUUUUUGGAGCGGCAGCGACUUGAAGACCCGCGGGCACCCACCCUAGGGUCUUCGGAUCGGCAGCAUGAAGACGACGAGGAUGACGUAGAUCACUCUCUGGACCACAUAUCCUCCAUGCCCGCUCGCAGCACAAAUUUCCUGCCAAAUUGGAAAGGCAAGGCUCAGGAAAUCGUGUGGGACGACUCGUUACAGGUUCUGUCCGAAGAGAAGCAGGCUGCGGACGCACUACGAGAGCUUAAAUCCAGAUUCCGGGCCAAAUCAGAUAAACUGCGUCGAGCACCUGUUGUACCACUAAAGAAAGCCGUGAUACAGCCUAUGAUCGCCCCACCACUACCGCUCCCAGACGGAUCGUUGCCUCCUGUUAAAAGCGAAAUGGAUGAGAUGGAGGACUUUUUGGAUGACUUGAUAGGAUGAACAGCGCCGGCUGCCUGGCGACUAUGGAAGUUCGAAAACCCAGAGACUUGUAUGAAAAUACUAAAGGAAUCGUUCGUGUAGGAUUUCCUGAGCUUGGAGGGUGUCCAGGGAUAUCACUCCAUCGAAUUUAUAUGACAGAAUGGAAAUUCGUCUCGAGGACUCCUGGACUCAAGUUUGAGCAUGCAAAUCUUGGAACUCGGA